CAAAGAUGAUAAAUGGAAUAUUGGUCCCACGGAGUUUAAGUUGAAUGUUCUAACAACGAGUUCAGAAUUCGCCACAAUGUGGAGUCCCUUCCAAAUUGCUUUUUAUUUUGAACUGAUAGCCAACAAAACUACUCGCCUGUAUCACCAUGAGUGUCCAGCUUCACACUCUCUCCACUAUCCCUUCGGCUCUCUUUUUGCUGUUGCUUCCGUUUCGCCUAUCAAAGCUUCGCACAGAGAAGAUCAAGGUGAUCCCGGGGCACCGUGGUCUCGUCAAGUUGGUGAUUGCAAUCCUACUUGCGGUGGCACAAGCAAUAUUCUUAACUUUUACGUCACCUGCGGCUAACCGCUUUGACGGCGCCCUUCUGCCUGCUAUCCUUUCCUUCGUGGCGUCCAUCGGUCUUUGCCUGUUGGUGUGUCUGGAGCAUGGUCGAUCUAUUAAACCCUCAGAUCUUGCAACCCUAUAUCUACUGUUUUCUUCAUCUUGCGAUGCUGCUAGACUCGGGGCGAUUAUCCAGCACAACGGUGAUUCUUUUCAUUUCUGGCUGUCCGUGGUAAAUGUAUGCCUCGAGCUUUUGCUCCUCGUCAUCGAAUGUCAGGGCAAGCAAGAUAUCCUACGGACUCCGCGAGAACAACAUUCACCUGAAGAACUAGCUGGCAUACUGAACAGGAUAUUCUUUUGGUGGAUUAACUCGAUUCUAUGGAAGGGGUAUCGCAAUGUCCUCAUUGGUGACAAUCUUCCACCAAUUGAUAGUAAACUCUCAUCGCGAGCACUGCGCCAGCAAGCCCAACAAGCUUGGGAUCUAAGAGACAAGCCGGAACAGAAGAUGACUUUGCCCAAAGUCUUGGUCCAAAGCAUGUUGCUUCAAUUCCUUGCGCCAAUCAUCCCUCGUCUUGUCCUCAUCGCGUUCCGUUAUGCUCAACCAGUCCUCAUCAGCAUUGCAAUCCGUUUUAUGAAUAACGUGCCAGAUGCGAUCUUUGGCUCAGCACGCUCUGUGGUCUUCUUGUCAAUUGUUGUCUAUGCUGGCCUAGCAAUAUCUAGGACUGUUUAUGCACACAGUCUCAAUCGACUGAAGACCAUGAUAAGAGGCGCUGUUGUUGGCUUGAUUUAUACAAAGGCUCUUUCUCAACGAGGCACUGGCUAUGAUGAUGGAAUAGCUGUGGCCCUGAUGAGCACAGAUGCGGUCAAUGUUGGACAGAGCGCGGAAAUGUUCCAUGAAACAUGGGCACACAUCAUCGAGGUUAUUCUAGGCACAGUAAUGUUGGCUAGACAAGUUGGAUGGGUUUGUCUAAUUCCCAUAACCCUUAUUUUUUUCUGCACUCGAAUGACCAGAUACCUGGCAAAGAACCUCCAGAGCAUGCAGAAAAACUGGAAUGUGGCCACCCAGGCACGCCUUUCAACAAUAACGUCACUCAUAACGUCGAUGAAAGGUUUGAAAAUGUUGGGUUUCACGCCCUACGCUGAGACUCUGGUAAACAAUCUGCGACGUGAGGAGCUAGAUAUGGCCAAGAAAGUGCGGUGGAUGAUGGUUGCCCAUAAUGCAAGCGCCAACGCCCUCGGGAUAUUUUCACCCGCCAUUACCUUGGUUCUUUUUGUUCUUCUAGCCAAGUGGAACGGCUUGACACUCGACACAGAGACCGCAUUUACAACAACUGCCCUUCUAGGCUUAGUAACUCACCCCGCCAACAUGAUCAUGUCAAUUGUUCCACAAGCAAUGGGCUCUCUGGCUGCUUUCGAACGAAUCAAACACUACCUAGCACAGCCUUCUCUAGAUGACGAGAGAGGGCUGUUAAGAAGAAGUUCUGAGGUUCAGAGCAUGGACACACCAUCGAUCUGCGUCAGGGAUGUCACUAUACAAGCUGAAUCAUCGGUGGAUCCGAUCAUCAGAAAUGCCAAUGUUCUGAUCCAAAGCGGGUCCAUAGUUAUGUGUUCUGGGCCAGUUGCGAGCGGCAAAACGGCCUUCAUCAAAGCCCUUCUAAGCGAACUUCCCGUUGUGAGUGGUACCAUCUCAGUGUCCUCAAAGCGUAUAGGUUACUGUGAACAAUCGCCAUGGUUACGGAACGGCACUCUUCGAGAAGCUAUAUGCGGCUUCAUGCCAUUCGAACGAAAUUGGUACGAGGAGGUGGUUCGUCUCUGUUGUUUGAACGACGACAUAUCAGCGCUUCCCAACGGUGACAACACACUCAUAGGAAGCCGAGGACUAAAUCUCUCUGGAGGACAACGACAACGUGUUGCCCUCGCCCGUGCUGUAUACACGCGGUAUGAUAUUAUGCUCCUGGACAAUCCAUUUAGUGCACUCGACAAGAAGACAGGAAGCCACGUCAUUGAAAAUCUCCUUGGACCUAAGGGUCAUUUUAAGAAAGCGGGUACAACUGUAUUUCUCACAGCCCACUCUGCCACGUACUUUCACUUAGCAGAUUGGCUGGUUCUUCUUCGAGAUGCGACAAUCACCUAUCAGGGCACAUGGGAGGCUUUGAAGAGAACCCAAGAAGACAUUUCUAUGUUCUAUGUCGAUAACAAGUUGUGUCAAAACUACGAAGAAGAACCUGACAGAGAAAGCAAGGUCCAAAGCCAGGCCCUAAAAGUAUCAGAAAAUAUUUCUGAUCUCAGCAGAGCGACGGGUGACAUAUCGCUCUAUGGUUAUUAUCUCCAUGCCGCUGGUCUACGGAACUUCUCUAUUUUGCUAACCUGUACAUCUCUGUAUUCGCUCUUUAUCACGCUCCCUCAGUACUGGUUGCAAAAGUGGACUGCAGCGCCCCCUACACAGACUAUGUUUUAUAUUGGAGGUUAUCUCAUUCUCUCACUAUUAGCAUGGGUAUUCACCAAUGGGUCCAUGUGGUCAACCCACAUUCUCCUUGCACCAACCUCAGGGGACACACUGCACCGCCGCCUCCUCUCCACAAUCAUUCAGGCUCCGCUAUCUUAUUUCUUUGUCACCGACACUGGUGCGAUUUUGAACCGGUUCAGUCAAGACAUACAGCUAGUUGAUAGGCAAUUGGCGCCGGCCAUCUUGUCGAUGGCAAAUCAGGUUUUCAAACUCUCAGUGCAGAUAGGGCUACUUUACAGUACUCAGAAGUUCAUGACUCUAACUUUACCUUUAUGCACGGUGGCUGUAUAUCUUGUGCAAAAGGCAUAUCUCCGUACCUCCCGCCAAUUACGAUUACUUGACCUUGAGUCACAGUCGGCCGUAUACUCUAGUUUUCUUGAAGCGGUUGAGGGUGUCGUCACUAUUCGGGCGUUUGGCUGGCAAAAAGAAGUCCAGCAAGCUAACAUUGAAAGCCUCGAUGUGUCUCAACAACCAUCCUACAUUCUGUUUUGCCUUCAGCAAUGGCUUAGUAUUGUUCUUGAUUUGAUUGUUGGAGCAGUUGCAACUGGUAUUAUUGUCCUUGCUGUCACGCUUAAGGGGACAACAACUGCAGGACAGAUCGGUAUGGCCUUGAAUAUUGUACUAGUUGCAAACAACACUCUUUUUAGUCUUGUGACAUCAUGGACAAACUUGGAGAUAUCACUGGGUGCUAUAUCUCGCAUUAGAAAACUGGAAACUGAGACGCCAAAAGAGGACGGAUUGUCUGAAAACUACAUCCCUGACGAAACCUGGCCAUCACUAGGAAACAUCCAAAUUAAUAACGUCGCCGUUGGAUAUAAUUCAGAAUCAUUGGUACUCAAAGACUUCACAAUGAACAUAGUGGCAGGCCAGCAAGUUCUCGUUUGCGGUCGCACAGGCAGUGGAAAGAGCACUUUUCUCCUAACUCUUUUACGCCUUUUGGACACAACUUGCGGAGUUAUCAAGGUCGAUGGCGUAGAUUUGAGUCUUGUUCCACGAUCUCUGGUUCGAAAACAAUGCUUUAUUACAAUCGCACAAGACCCUUGUAUCAUAGGACAGGCCAGUCUUCGAUUCAACCUAGAUCCGUCGGGUACCUUGCCUGACGACACCGUUGUCGAAGCCCUUAACAAAACAUCCUUAUGGAUGCAUUUCGUCUCUGGAACAGCUAUACCCCAUCUCGCACAAGCACAGCCGGUUCUAGGCAAACCUAUCUGUUCAUUGCCGCAAAUGUCAAGUGGGCAGUCGCAGCUUUUCGCCUUGGCUCGAGCACUUUUGCAGCUUCAACAUCUGAAGAAGGAGCACAGUGUAUGCGGAAGAACAAGUCCGGGUCGCAUUAUGCCAAUCCUUUUGCUCGAUGAAGCCACAUCCUCUGUAGACGCCGAGACUGAAUCCAAAAUGCAUAGCAUAAUACGCAGCGAGUUCACAGAUAAUGGCCAUACAGUAGUAAUGAUCGCUCACAAGGUGGUUGAGGUCACUGAAAGCUUUCGCGAGGGUCAGGAUGUUGUUGUGUCAUUAUAGGAGGGGAAAAUCAAUAAAAUAGGCAUAGCUAAGCUCGCUCUAGGGUUUGGAUCAGUCGUGGAUCAAUGUUAGAAUCUUGGCGGAACAUUACGGAUGUUUAUAGAAAUGGUUCACCUUGGGUCGUUGCAAAUACGCUAAAUAUUACAUGUUUGUAUACAUAAACUGGACACAGCAGGCGCAAACUGUAUCAGCAAUAUUAUAGGCUAGUGGUUGUUCCAGCAAUUAGCUUGAUAAUUGUAGUACUGUGGCUAGGCAUGAGUUCGUUGCGGAAGAUCACAUAGCACUUGUGGCAGAUGAGGCAUGGCC